AGACAAAAGAUGCUUCAGCUUUGGAAACUUGUUCUCCUGUGCAGCCUGCUCACUGGGACCUCAGCGUCUCUUCUUGGCAAUCUUGGUGAUGACCUGAGCAAUGUCGUGGAUGAGCAGAAACCUGUUCUUGACGAAGGACUUAAGACAAUUGACAAUACUCUUAAAGGCGUCCCGGAGAAACUGAAGGUGGACCUAGGGGUGCUUCAGCAAUCUGCCGCUUGGCAACUGGCCAAGCAGAAGGUCCAGGACGCUGGGAAAUCGCUGAACAAUGUCGUUUCUAAACUGCUUCCAACAAAUACGAACAUUUUGGGGUUGAAAAUCAGCAACUCCCUCAUCCUGGAUGUCAAAGCUGAACCGACUGAUGAUGGCAAAGGGCUUAACCUGAGAUUCCCUGUCACUGCGGACGUCUCUCAGACCCUGCCCAUCAUUGGCCAGGUUGUCAAGCUGAAUGCCUCCUUGGACCUCCUGACUGCAGUCAAAAUUGAAAUUGACCCCCAGACCCACAAGCCUGUUGCUGUCCUGGGAGAAUGUGCCAAUGACCCAACCAGCAUCUCACUUUCCUUGCUGAACGCGCAAAGCCAAGUCAUCAACAGGUUAGUGAACACUGUGAUCAACACGGUGAAAAGCACUGUGUCCCUCCUGCUGCUGAAGGAGAUAUGCCCACUCAUCCACAUCUUCCUCCACAGCCUGGAUGUAAAUUUCAUUCAGCAAGUCAUUGAUAAACUUCAGCAGGAAACCCAGCUGCAAACCCACCUCUGAAGAGGAUGAAUGAUGAGGACCACUGUGAUGCUUGCUGAUUGGUUCCCAGUGGUUUGCCCCACCCCCUUAUAGCAUCUACCUCUGGGAAGCUGCUGCCACCAUCCAACCAGCAUGAAAGCCUGAGUCCCGCAAGAAGGACCUUCCCAGAUGCCCCUUCUCCUCUCAGUCAGAACAGCAGCCUCUACACAUGUUCUCCUGCCCUUGGCAAUAAAGGCCCAUUUCUGCA